CGAAGUAGGAAGCAGCGCGCGAUGGUCACGGUGGCAACCGCUGUCAGCAGCUGACGGCUAAACAUAACAAGGAAUGAGAUGAUCGUGGAUCCGUGCUGUGAAAAAUGGCGAAGUACCUGCUGAUGUGCCUUUGGGUGCUGUCCGCGGUCGCUGGCUGUUUGGCGGACGAUGUGACGUAUGUGAACGAGUUCUACUCAAAGACGCCACAGAAGUUGGCCAAAUACAGCUGGUUUGGGAAUGUGCGCCUCUACUACUUCAGAGUCCCGGAGGAUGCAGUGCUGGUGCGGUGGCUGCUCACUGCAGUGCGAGGGUCAGGAUUUCACUGCGGUGACCAGAACAUUGCUGUGCACUUUCGGGCUGGUGCACCACCGGUUAUCAACCCCAUCCUUACAGCUUUUCCCAACUCCACCGCAGUCUCCCUCGCAUACAACCUGACGGUGAAUGUGCGUAGUGGACAAGCCAUCAAUGUCACACUGUUUAACAUGACGAAUCCUGUACCUGGAGAUUGGUUCCUGGCUGCCCACCUGCCUAAAGAUGAUGGCAAGAUCGAACAACAGGGGCUGCCGUCCUGUUCGUAUUUGUUCCAGCCUCAGAUGUUCGUGAGAAGAGCAGCUGACAUGCCGGUCCUGCAGGCCUACAUUCCACUCACUCAGACAGUGACUGCACCUUUAAAACAGGCUCAGCUCAAGGUCUUUGUUCCUGAGUUCACCUCCAGGUUGAAUGUGUUUAUCCACACAUGUUCUGUGAAGGGUGGGCCGGCGAGUGAUUGUGGGUUGACCAUCACUUUAGGCUCUACCUCUUUGGGGCAGAGCUCUGCAAUUACAGUGAACUGCUCAGCGGAGGAGCCAUGCGCUCUUUCUGUUGCCAAUCCGCCAUGGAAUACCUGGGUGCGAGUUACCGUGGAGAUCAGUCAGCCCAACGUCACGGCAACCUUCAUCAUAUCUGCCAAUUAUACAGUGGGCUGUAAACCUUCAAGUGUCCCUUCGGAUUUUAACGCCUCCCUUCCUCUGGAGCUCUUCUCUCUGAGAUCUUCCUCCAGCAACACGUCCAGCAAUGCCUCCACUGCUGCUGCGCUGCGUGCUAACAUCUCAGACGGCGCCUGCGUCCAAAAUCCGUCCGUGUUCAGAGAGGAGCAGGAUGUCCUUUCCAUACGCUUUGCUGUCUCUAAUGGCAACUUGACUGUGGCGUCUGAGGUGCCGACUAUGCUUGCCCUAGACCUGGAUUCUGCUGUGGACAGCGGGGGGGCACUAAUAGUGCAGCUGGAUCUUAACGUGAGCUCUCUGAUUGGUGCGUUUGGCAGUAUCAGAGCAUGUCUUACACCUUCUGCUCCUGUGCUUCAGCUCAACACCAGCCAUUCAUGUGAUGCAGCAUUUAUGAAGGGCUACUCUCUCAGAGUGAGCAGCAAUGAGACAAAGGCUCUGUUGAGGAUUCCCUUUCCUGAAGCAGCACUUUGGUACCUCAGUCUGCAAACCAUCUGCAAUAGCAGCACUGCCUGCCGUAACACCUCCGCCAUGGUGAGUGUGUCCAUGAGUGUGAGCGCGUGUGUUGAUGACUGUGGACCAUACGGCGAGUGCAGGCUGCUGCGCACACACAGCUACCUCUACGCCGCAUGUGUAUGCAAAGCAGGUUGGUUGGGGUGGAGCUGCUCAGAUGGAUCAGCUGCCCUGUCAUUCUCUCGGCAGCUGAGUGCAGCCCUGCUCCUCACACUCAGUAACCUGCUCUUCAUCCCACCUACCUGUGUGGCACUGUACCGCGGCUACCAUGUCGAGGCUGCCGUCUACUUCUUCACCAUGUUCUUCUCCACGUUUUAUCAUGCAUGUGACCAGCCAGGGGUGACGGUGAUGUGUAUCAUGGACUAUGACACACUACAGUUUUGUGACUUCCUGGGCUCCGUGGUGGCUGUUUGGGUGACCAUUGUGUGCAUGGCACGACUGAAGGAGCCAUUUAAAUAUGUGUUUUUCAUGACGGGAACUCUGAUCAUUGCCAUGGCGAUGCAGCUGGACCGCCGGGGCCUGUGGAACCUACUAGGCCCUGUCCUGUUUGCUUUGGUCAUUAUGGUAACUGCCUGGGUGUAUCGUAGUGUUACACGUCAUCACUGCUACCCACCAAAUUGGAAGCGUUGGGUCUUUUUCCUGCUCCCGGGCAUGCUGUCGGCACUAAUCGGAGUAUGCGUGUACGUCUUUGCACAGACUGACAGCAACUACUACUACACUCACUCGAUAUGGCACAUCAUGGUGGCCACGAGUGUUGUAUUCCUUUUACCACCACGUGAGAAACAUGUGCCGCCUUGGGGUUGGCCACACAAACUCUGUGGCUACAAGAUCUGCCGAAACCAGAAAGAAGAGCUUUACACCGUCACCUAAAUAUACACACACAGGUUUACGAAACGCGCAAUACAGCUUUACGGAUGUAAUUUGUCCAGCUUUAUUUGGGGCACAUGCUCCUGAAGACAGUUAAUGUAGCAGACGCUUGCUAUUUUACUGCACGUUAAAGUGCAUAAUUAAUUUUACAUGACAGUAUCAAUUGGAGACAAUUACAGGUUUAAAACAUUUAUUGACAUUUUGAUUUGAUAGACUGUUAGAUUAAAAUAUGUUCAUGUAGAUUAGGCUUUCUGUUGGAGACAUUAAUAUUAAAAAUGCUGAUUUUGAGAGAUUACAUAUUGGGAAUAUUUCCUAAUUUUUCUUUAAAUAGAGAAAAUGGCCACUUAUUGGUUUGGCACUUUAAAAACGGUGGUGAUUGUGUGUUCAUGACAGAGUGUAAGGGUGUGUCUGAGUUCUGUUCCUUAUUUUUUUUUCCUUUUGUGUGUGUUUACUGGAAAAGGUUAUUGGCACAUGACCAAGGUCUUUCUUAAACAAACCUUAAUGAAACACUGUUCUCUUCAGCACUUUAUUUGUGAUUUAAAAGGUGAUUUUGUCAGGCAGUGCCAGUGCAGGACUGCAUGUGCAGUCAUGAAAACGUGCCUGUAUGGGGUUUUAAUGGCCAAGCAAUGGCUAGCUGGUACUGUGUUAAUAUAAUAUAACAUUUUUGAAUGACUAAAAUUAACCAGCAAUGAAGAAUGUCUUAUGUACAUAUGUACUUGUUACACUGCACCUGAACGAUUCUCUGAAAAUCAUUGUUAACUGGGAUCCAAUUUUACUGAUCACUUUUUAGAUGUAAUGUACACUACUGUGCAAAAGCCGGAGACCACCACCAUUUACCUCAUUUAUUGCAUUAACAGCCAUUAAAGUAUGCAUUAUUAAUUUUUCAGUGCCAUAGAAAAAACAUAAAAGAUUCAUAUGAGAUAUUUGCAUCUCAGUUUGUAUUCAAGGUGUCCACUCUUUAUUACAGUAUCCUUUUUGUUUUUUAAUUUUUAGUUUUCAGAGAAAACUGCAGGGAUAUUUUGUUUUUACACCUCCAAAGUUCAGUCUUAGGCGUUGGUUGCAUUUUGUGCUUCACAUGAUCAAAGUAAUCACAAACACUUGAGGUCUUGCUUAAGGAUGACCGGUCUAUUCUUCCCGUUUGUGAAUGUCCUCUUUUUCCCAUAAAUAUUUCCUCAAAAUGAAUAAAGGCACUGACUUGGCACUUUAUGGCACUUGUACUUAAAGUAUUAUGUACUUAUUGUAAAAUAAAUGUAAAAGAUGGUCUCAUUUUUGCCCAGUACUGUACAUGGCAGUGGGCAGCUACUCAACCAGCCUGAAAUUCCAUUAAACCAUAUUAUAAUAGACCUUUUAGGUCUGUAAAACUCAGCACCUUUGGCUUCAACUCUUUAUGUGCCUGAGUACAUAAUUAUGAGUUUAGAUGGUCAUUCUGCUGCUUGUGUUGGUCAUUUAUUGUUGCAGUUUGAGAUCUGAAGGGAUUUGAAUGGGAACUUUACUUUCAUAAUAAGAAAUAACUCGGGAACCACUGGCAACUGCACCCUCCUUUCCACUACUCCUCACCACCCCACCUUCCUGUCGCUAUGACAAUCUCUUUAAGCUCAAAAAACACUGCAGGAUUUAUAAACUACAAACUUCUCAUGGGGUUGGGAACUUAAGCAAUGCAACUUUACAUCUGUGUGUAUGUAAAUGUCAGCAUGUGUAUUUGUCUUGUCUAUGUCAAUGUGAGACUUUCCCCCUCAUGAAACACUUUUGUUUGUCUUGCCAUAAUGCCUCUAUAUUCACUGUUGUUGUCAAAGUACCUGCCUCCUUUCUUACAAAGUAUAUUUACGGUGUUGAAAUAUAAAAAUGAUAGAAUUGUAAUUAAUAGAGCAAAUGAACAAAUAAACAAGAACGUGAUUAUUUAAAACACCAA